AGAAGUGUGCAGAAGAAGACGACAAAGAGGUAGCAUCGUACUCGGCUAGCCAACCUUCUGGACUCAUUUUCGCCAUGCCGGAGACUGCAGCACGAACUACUUCCGAUCCCUCGUCACCCCUUCCUGCAGAUCUGGCCGAACCAGUACUUGACGAAGCACCCCAGCAGUUUGUGACCGACAACGGGAACAGAGGAUCACGUCGCACCACGGUCCCACCAUGUACUUGCGUAGGACUCGGCAUUCUGCAGUUGUCCCUGGCUGCAGCUCUCGUCAUCACUGUGCUUGCUCACUUAGUUUUGAAAGACGACGAGGGCGAAAAUACCGGAGGGGCUGAUCGAACCGGCGAGCCCAUUUCUUUGGGCGACACUACAGAGACCACCGCAGAGACCACCGCACUGACCACUGCCGAAGAGGCAAAUGACACACAUGUGACGACUGAGACGGACAACAGAGCAAAGGAGGGCAACGAAGCAUACAGCCAGAACAGCUGAGCCUGCAGGAACACCGUACCAACCCUGUUAUGGUGCAUAACGAUGGCAACCUUAAUAUGGACAACCUGACAACCUUAGGUGUAAUGAACUCGUCGUACGAUUACUCGGAUUUGUAGACCCUCUGAUACACAAUACGAUGCUUGGGAACAUGUCCCAUUCA